CUCUAGGAGUGCUUUUGACGAAAGAUAAAGUCACUUACAUAGUUUGCGAUGCGUCCAUCGAUCCAUCCGUCCAUCGCAUACGACACACAGCACCGCCCAUAAGCUCUAAACCUACCCUCGCUCCCUCCAGUCGACGAAAUCACCAUGGUGCACUGCAGGAACCCGGGGUUGUGGCCAACCAAUCGGUCGCAAAAUCCCACCAAAUCAUGGUACAGGCCUGCCUGCCGACAACUAACACAUACAAUACAUGGCUCCCUCCCUCCCUCCCUCUCUCCCCCUCUCUCUCUCUCCAAGACUCACAGAAUCUCCACUUCUGGUUCAUCCUCGGCCUCUCCCCCAUAGCCGUCGCCCGCCCCACCCGCACCCACACCGCCCACGAAGCCCGGGAAGCCGCCGCGGGCCAGCCGCUGCUGACACGCCUGACGGACGUCAUCUGGCAGGUGUGUGAUGAUCUGCCGGGCCGCACGCUGGCCGCUCAGGUACGCCCCUGUCAGCAGGCCGCCGUCCCACGUCGCCUCGCCUGCACACGAGAGGAGAGAGGAGGGAGGAGAGUGUGUGGGUGUGUCGGACUUGCAAGUCAGUGACCUGACUGACCUGCGAAUACGAGGUGGCCGUCAUAUUCUGGGGCCGCGAGAUCGGGGGCGUAGCAUGUCGAUGCAUCCUGACCGACCCACCACACAAGGACAGACAGACAGACAGACAGACAGACAGAGGAGCACACCAAAGGCAGGUGCGACCGACGGCCUCAUCGAGAUGCGUGUGGAUGGUAGGCCCUGUGUGUGGAGGUGAGGUGGGGUGAAGGUUGUGUAGGGUGCCCACCGGUGUGUGGUAGACCUGUCCGCCGAGUGUCUCAGGGUCGUUGUCCCAGUGCAUCACUCUGGCGUCAAGCAGCGGAGGCAACACAUGCAGAUUCCCACCCUGUCAUGACAGACAUGACACACAGACAGACAGACAAAGAAACAAACCGAUGGACCAACACACCACACCACAGCCGUACAAGACCUGCCUGCGGGGGUAUGGUAUUUGCCUGUGAGCAUUUGCCUGUCUGCCUGUCUGUCUGUCUGGCCGGCGCCCUCUCACCCACGCCGCGCGACGCACCUGUGUGUGUUUGAUGUGGUGGAACAUCCCCUCGAGCACUCUCAGCACCUCUGGCAGCACCUGACAUGGCAGAAGACAGACAGACAGACAGACAGACAGACAAGGGGCAGCGAGGCCGACCACAUCAUCUUGUGACUAUGGAUGGAUGGAUGGAUGGAUCCACUGAGUGGAGCAGGGCCGGCGACCCACCUCAUGAUCGCUCAGGCCGGCCCACUGGUUGCACAGCGGGGGGUGCACAUGCGCACACACCACACCAGUCUUCCCUGUCACACACACACACACACACACACUCGAGCAAGAAGUCCCCCCAACAAGCGCGGCCGGCCAACCAUAUGCGUGCAGAUUGAGGAACUGCAUGGGCAUGUCAUGGCUCUGCUGCUGCUGCUGCUGCUGGUGCUGCUGCUGCUGGUGCUGCUGCUGCUGCUGGUGGUGGUUGGUGGACAUGUGUCUGUGGGUAGCGCCCCAGUUGGGGGCAUGGCCGUAUCGCUCCCAGAGGGGGUGGAUGCACCCGUCGGCCGGCGAGUGGAUGGCGAACCGCAUCACCACCCUCGUGUGGGAGCCCCAGCACAUCUUGCUGAUGGCAUCGCGCUUCAGCCACGACAGGGCAGGGGAAAACACCGGCACACUGAAUGACACACACAGGAACACCAUAACAGCCAUUCUAUUUGUAUUUGUGUGCGUGGGGGUGCACUCUGUCUGUGCCGACCCGACGGACCGUUUGCUGAGGUGUGGCGACUGGUUGAUGUGUCCCUGGUUGGGGUGGCAGCCGUGGGCGGCCUUGAGCACACCCAGAGGAAAGGUGCACACCACAUAGCGAGCCCGCCACUCCUACACACACACACACACAAAUACACACACACACACACACACACAUACAGACAGAUCAGAUCCCAUCACACACAUGACAUGGCCACCGAUUUGCCCACCGACCUUUUUGCAGUCUCUCGAGUCGUUAGUGAGUGUGACGAUGACUCCGCCCGAGCCCCGGCUGUCGUGUUCGAUGCCCCUGACGGCGCUGCCAUACCUCACACACCUGGUGAGCCACCCAUUGUGGCUCCGCAGCAGCGGCUCGAUCGCCAGCCGACCGCACCCAUUCACCAGCAGCCAGUCGCGACGCUCCUGCAGUUCCCCUGCCUCAAGCACCCGCACGUGUGUGUCUGCGGCCGCCAUCUGCCUGAAGGCCUCGUGGCCCGUCUGCUGCAGCUCGAAGGCGUGGGCCUUGACGACCUCAUCGCGGCUGGACGUGAGCAGGAGGUCGCUGCUCCAGGAAGUGCCGCGCAGCAUCUCGGCGAGCUGCCAGGUGCGGUGAUCCUCCUGCUCAGGAGUGAGGAGGCGCCCCCAUCUGAACGUGGGCUGCUCCUGCUGCUGCUGUCCUUGUGGCUGGAGGAAGUCCAUUGGGUGUGGGGCCGCGACGGGUAUAUCCCUCAUGGAGCAGAGGGAGCCGUACUUGCGGGUGAUGAGACGCUCGAGGACGGGCGUGUCGCGCCCCGCGUCCCAGUACAGGCCGCUCCGGCGGAUGGCCCGGUCCUUGAGAUACUUGACGGCGGCCUCGAGGUCGGUCAAGCCCUGCAGGGGCUGGACGACGUCCUCCCAGCUGACGGUGGGGGGGUUCAUGACCACGGUGGCAGGGGGGACGUGGGGCAGAGAGGCCAUGAAGGCCUGCACCAGUUGCUCGAUCUCGUCGGCGUGCUCGAUCCACUUGAGCGUCUCGUGCCACCUGGUGGUGUAGCCGCCCAGAGUGUACUUCUGGGAGAGGUCGUAGAGGGCCAGCUUCUCCCAGGGGGCGGGCUCCUGCUGCAUGUGGCUGCACCGGUGCCAAGGGUUGCCCUGCACCAGUGCGGCCGCCCUGAGCUCCUCGUCCAGCAGCCGGAGCACGAGGCUGCACUUGGCCACCCGAUUCUGGUCAAGCGUCACCUCCUUGCCGCCCUGCCGCCGCGUGUCGAAGUACAUGGCCACCUCUGCUGAGUCCGCAAAACCAGACGGCCCCGUCACCCACCCCAGCGGCUGCCUCUGCUGCACGGCCGCCGCCAGCAGGGGGUUGGGUGAGGGGUUGGUGUCGUCGGCCUGUGGGGAUGGGAGGAGUGGCCCCUGGACGUACUGGGCGCCGAGGUCGACCUGGACGGGGGCGGAGAAGAAUGCAGGGUCUCUGAGCUGUGCGGACCUGAUGCGGCCGCCGGCCUCGCCCCGCGCCUCCAGGAUGCCCACCGUGAGGCCGUGCGUCAGCAGCUCGCGCGCGGCCACCAACCCUGAUAAUCAACCAUUCAGGAAAUACAGAGGCCGAGUGUGGGUGUGUCGCUCUACCCGCCCCCACCCCCCCACCCGCCCGAGCCAGCGCACCUGCACAUCCCGCCCCGAUGACGAUGGCAUCCAGGUCGAAGUUGCCGGCUCCCGCACGCCUCUCGGCGGCCACAGCGGCUGUGCCGCCCGCAUGGCUCUCAUCCGUGCGCUGUGCCCUCUCCUGCUGCUGCUUCAGGCGGCAGAUGGUCCCAGCCGUGUGGAGGUGCAGCGUCUCGUCGGUGAGCCCGGCGGGGUCGAGUAAUUCCGGUCGGAAUGCAAUCCGGGUGGCGUCACGGAGGCCGUGGAUGCGCACGGCUUCGAGGUCGUGUCGCGCCUGGGCCUCCUGGAUAUCGGUGUAGGGGCCGUAGACGAACUCGUAGCCGUUGCAGACCAGGCGGGCGAAGUACUCGCGCCGCACAUUGAUGGUGAUGCGCCAACCUGACAGACAGACAAGCAGCAAGACGUGACAUAUAUGUGGUUGGUGGUGGUGGGCCGGGCCGUGCUGUGCUGUGCUGUGCCGUGAUAGGUCUGCUGGCUGACCUUGUUCAGCGGGCACCUGUCGCGAGACGAUCCCCUGCUCCUCCAGAAAACGACACAGCUCCUCUGGCAGACAGCAGACACCCAAAACGACAGACACCAAGACACGUCCAGCUGCCCUGCCCACACAUGUCCCCCAUCCCCUCGCAUGCUUGCCCACCGGCAGGCCCAGGCCCAGGUCCUUGACCCAUCGCCACCGCAAACUGCGGAGGGGGCGGCAGCAGGGGCACCUCCAUCGGCGGCAAAACCGGCAGCGCUGCAGCAGCGGCAGCACCAGCCUCACCCCCACCACCUGGCGAAGGGCGGUCGCUCAUCCGAUCAGCGUCCCCCUCUCCCCGCCCCUCCACGUCGAUGUCCAUAGUGUCGUCAUAGUGGGAGAGGUCGGGUGCCUUGGGGAACCCGGGGCUCUCCUGUGUGGCCUUGCUGGGUAUGCGGCCCGUGUCGCGGAAGUGCCGGUAGCACGCGAAGAGGAAGUCGGCCGUCUGCUGGACCUCAUCGGCAGUGCACUGCCGGGGCGUCUUGCGGGCGAGGUCCUUCUUCGGCGUCGUGUGGGUGCCGUCGGGGUGCUCGUAUGCCGGCACCGAAAGCACCAGCUUGCCCCCCUUCUCCUGAUACCACACACCUGCCACACACACCACACACAGAUCCAUCCAUCCAUCCAUCCACUCAUCAACCAACCCGCUGAGAAAGAGCUCACGUGUGUCGCGCGGGAGGUCUCCCGGGAGCACCACCCUGCUGUCCGGAAAGCGCCAGAGCCUGAACUCCAGCCUGCCGUCGCCAAAGUCAUCGGCAUGGCCCUGCCGCACUCGCUCCUUCAUCUCGGCACUCCAGGCCUGGAUGCCCCAGCGCACCCAGCGGGCCUCCGCAUCGGCCAUGGAGCUGUCUGCACCUGUGUUCUCCGCUGGCUGGCCGGGGGGGAGUUGCGGCGGCGGCGGCAGUGGCAAGUGCAGGUGCGGGGGCUGCGCAGGUGCCGAUUGGGGCAUCUUGUUGUCCCACCCUUUCAACACAAGGUUUGGGUGGUCCUGGGCCCACUCACGGUAAGCUGAUGGUUGACCAACACAGACAGACAUGGUGAGACAGACACGUGUGGACGAUGGAUGAGUGAGGCACCUACCGUCGAAGACCUCCUGGGCGCGGCGUGUGAUCUCCACCAUCUGCUCGUCAGUGAAGCGCCCAUGGGGCGUCCCCGGGCCGAGCGGCAGCCCGUCAAAGAGCUCCCCGGGCAGUGGCGUCGAGAAGGCCCUGCGAGUGCGAUUGCGCACCGGCACCUCCAGAUACAACUCCCUGAUGCCGCCCGGCUUCUCCUGCACACACAACCCUGACACACACACACACAGAGAGAGAGACACCAGAACAAGGAGAAAGGCGUCCUGUGUUGCUCGUGCAGCGUCCGUCGUCUUUGUCUGUCUGUCUCUGUGUGAUUGGAUGGCUCGGCUCACGUGCGUCCCGCGGUAUAUCGCCAUCUCUGGGCACGCCCAUCCUGAAGAGGUCGGCCUCAUCCAGCACUGCGGCACGACCGGCGGCAGCCGCGGCGGCGGCAGAGCUGGCAUCAUCCCUCUCGUCCCCAUCGUCAUCAGCGGACCCACCACCCCUCCCGGCCUGCCUCUUGCUGCGACCCCCCCUGCCGCGGCCCCGCCCGCGGGGCCUGCCUCCCCGACUGGGCCUUCUCACCUUGCUGUCGCCCCGGCUCUCGCUGCUCUGGCUUCGCGUCUGCGCAGGGCGGCUCUUGGGCCGGCCCUUGGCGCGACUGCCCUUUGGUCGGCCCCGCGGUCGGCCCCUCGGUCGACCAGGACCCCUCUUCCUCUCAACCGACGCCCCGCUCGCGGACGCCCCGCUCACCAGAGAUGGCGGUGGCUCGGGCGCGGCCCCCUCAAGCUGCGGAGGUUCGGGUGGGGGAGGGGGAGGGAUCGCUGCUGGCGGCAGGUCCUGCUGUCCGAACGGCAGAGGUUGGUCCAUCAUGUUCAUGUCGGCACCGCCCCAGUUGUCGUAGCCCAUUGGAGGCGGGGGGUGGUGGUGGUGGUCGGGGGGGUCCUGGUCCUGGUCUGGAAUGUAAGGCGGGAACAGGGGAGGCGGUACUGGGUCGACGACGUCGUUGUUGUCCUGGUGAGGAGGACCGAAUGCGGGCGACAGGUCAUCCCCUGGGGGCGCCAGGGGGGGCGGGGGCGGGAAGCUCGGCAGACCCACCCCGCCAUCGCCAUCGCCACCACCACCAUGCUCACCGUCCGGGAGAGCUUCUUCCUCCUGCUCUUCCACCUGCGGCUCUUCCAUCUGUGCCUCGGGGGCUGGUGGCGGGGGCGAAGGGGGACUCUGCUGCUGCUCUUGUUGCUGUGCUGUCCGCUCCUGCUCUUGCAGCGCCUCGCGUGCGGCCCGUUGUGCGAGGGCGGCCUUCUCCUUCCGUUGUACGGCGGCGGCUUUCUCUUCCUUGGCCGUUAGGCGCUGGUGGGCCCUGACCUCAGCCACCGCAUCCUCUCCAGAAUUGCCGUCUCGCUCAGCCAGCCUGCACAUAACGACAGACGGCAUGACCAGACUGCAUAUGCCAGCCAGCAUUGGCCGAGGUGGUGGCAAGUUACUUGCGGCUCUUCUUGCGGUUCCGCCUGGCUCUUCUGGGCCCAAAGCCGUCGUCAUCUGCCGCUGCCGAAGUGCCCGACGCCGAGCCGUGACCCUCCCCAGCAUGGUCUAGGUCGCGCGCCUCUCUGGCCUCUAAGGCCAUGGCCUUGUCGCGGCGCUCCCUGUACCUGUCGAAGAGGAUGUCUGCGGCCUGCUGGACGUCGUCUUUGGUACGGCCGUUGAGUCGGCGUGAGAAGUCCCACUUGGUCUUGGUGGCCUGGGCAGUCCACACCUCCAGGAACAAGUCGAGCACGCCGUUGUCCUUCUCCUUCAGAAGCAGACCUGAUCGACCACACACGACCGAUUCACUCGUUGAGUGUGUGUGUGUGCGCGUGAGUCUUGGGCUUACGCGAGCGCUUCGGCAGGUCGUCCGGCCUGGGUAUCUUGUACCCGAGCACACCGUAGAUGGCAUCUCCAUGAAGGGGGGCAGCAGCAGCAGCAGCCGCCUCAUCUCCCCCUACACCGCCAUCACCAGCCGCAUUGGCCGCACCACCACCAGCGGCAGCAGCUGCUGCUGCCGAUGCAGAAGCUGAAGCUGAUGCAGAUGCAGACGCGCUUUCCCCAAGAGGGUUGGGAUUGGCCGUCCUCUGCGGUCUGGCAUCCUUGCCGACACAUGCGUCUUCCGCCACAGGGCUGUUGUCCUCAUCCGGCUCCUGCACCGGCUUGAUGAGCCUCCGCUUCUUGAAGCUCUUCUUGGCCGCCGGCUGGGGGCGCUCCGGCGCUGGGGCGAAGGGCUUGGGCGGGGACUCGACGUCAUUCAUCAUGCUGCUGCCGUCAAGGAGGGACAGGAGAGGUGUGGCGCACACAGCACACAGACAGACACAGCACACAUCUGAGAUCACUGACUGCAGGUUUCCCUCUCGUCUGCUCGCCUUGGGUGUGAGAGGGUCAGUGCCUUGGAUGAUGAGCAAAUGCAAGCAUCAUCAUCAGUGACCUCCGUGAGGCAGGCUACUCGAGAAGCAUUCCGUGCGAUGCAUCUACCUCUAUGGUAGGAGACGGUCGUCGCAGCACAAUGAGCUACUCAGAUCUAGCA